AUGAGCCCCGACAGAGCUCCACGUCGCCGUGCCAAAGAGAUCUGCCGGUCGGAUCGAUUCGACACUCGGAACGGCGGCCUGUCUUGGCACACCACAACAUUGUCAGGCUUGGCCGAUCUGCUGGCAGAUACUGCCAUACCAACCGAAAGCAAGCGCUUGUCGGUCGAGUUCAGAGCGGUGCCUCGAGAGUCGCAGAUCAACGAUUCCGUCCAGGGAGAGGAUCUUGACGGUCUCGAUCACUCUGAAGGUGUUGACGCCGAUCUCACCAGCGAGGAAUGUCUCAAGCUUCUCGCCUACAUCCACAAACAUCGUCACGCCAAAGAUCUUUGCGUUCCUGUGAAAUCAAGCAACCCUCAGCUGUGGGCCAAGAUGAUCAGCGAGCACGACCCUACGCAACCAUCCAUCCUGUCCACCAUCGGAUUCCGAACUCAUAUCGAGGUGCGCACCAGCACAGGUGUAUCGGAGGUCCCAUUCUCUCCCAACACAAUGCAACUUCAAGCUAUGCUUUGGUACGUCCGAAAGCGACUCGCAGCUUCGACAGGGGCGGUCUGGCCUUCAUCGGGUGGCAUCAUUGCCGACGAGCCAGGGGCCGGCAAGACGGUGAUGGGCAUUGCUUUUGCUCUACUUGCACGGGCAUUUGACUUGUUCACAAAGCCCUCCUUCAUCGAGGUCAAGUCGAGUAUUGCUGCUCAGUAUCGCAUGGAGAUCGAGCGCUUUGUUGACCCUGACGCCGGAAUAGACCUGCUCGACUGCACGAAGCAGAGCCUCAAGGACAAGUUGCUGCCAGAGGAUCACAAGUCACGCUGGACGGCGAGCUUGAUCGUCCUGUAUCCUCAAAAGGUCACGCUUCCGAGGGACUACUGGAGCAAUUCCAGGGUCCCAACACAUCCAAACAACAAGUACGGCGUCGUCAUUCUUGAUGAAGCCCACGAGUAUCCGCUUGUCGACUCGGCCUGCUUCAGCCGGAGCUAUGGCAUCUCUCACGAAUUUGCUGUUGCGCUGACAGCUACUCCGAUCAGAACGCUCUCGAACUUCAUUUCUAUCCUGGGGUUCUGCGGUAACGCUAGUGCACGGCUUCCAAGGGCAGAGGACGCCAAAGCUGUGGUCGCUGGCCAGCAUGCAAGAUUCGCGGAUCCUUCUAUCAGAGCGAUCGGACACCACUGGCAUCACGCGGUUCUGGAAGCUGCCAGUGAGCGAGACAUGGCCAUGAGGGCAGCGCAGCAAACCAUCCUCUCCCUCGAAACCAACAUGUUUCGGCUGGCUGGCGAGCACUUCCCCUCCCGCAAGGCACCGCAGGAGCGAAACUCGGCAAAGUAUCAUCAACGACUCAUCAGCCAGUUUCUUGUCCCCAUCAAGAACGGAUGCCUCAAGUACAAACAACAUCAUCAAACCAUCAGCUCUGCCCACACGCGCUACAGCCGAGCUAUUGGCACGUAUCUCAAGACCGAUGGCGACACCCAGCCGUUCAUUCUCAAGAGGCCAAGAGACCCCAAAAGUGGUCCAGCGUACCGAAUGCACACCUUCCAGGUGGUGGGCAAGCAGUCCGAUGAGCACUGGCGCUCCUUGAAAGAGAUCGAGGCAGCUUGCGUCUCUGCCGUUGCAAGCAAGAUCCAGGAGGAGGAUGUCAGCGGCUGGGACGAGGCCCUGGAGAAGGCCGACAAGAGGCUUAGGAACCCGAGCAACCUAUGCUAUGGGAUCUACCACGGCUCUCUCACGGCGGCGUCAGUUGCCUCGGAUGUCAGGCCAAAAGACGCACGCAUGCUUCUUGACCUGGCAACUACACACUUCAAGGCAGUGCCCUCGCAGAAGGCGAUCAUCUUGUCCGAUCUUGUAGAAGCCAUGCUUCAACACUGGCGUGGCGAGACCGGACCACUCGUCAGCCGACAUGCCGAUAUCUUGCCUCCUCCUACGCCUGUCAGUUCCAAGCCAAGGAAGAUCGUCAUCUAUUGCCGAUAUGCAAUGGUUGCAAUGUUCAUCCAAAAGCACCUGCGGCAACGUGGCAUUGACUUUUUCAACAUGUUCGGAGGGGACUCAACAGCUGGCAUCCCCGCCAGCGUUGAAGCGUGGGGGGAGUCCGACGUGCCGGUGAUGGUCAUUUCCAAAGCCAUGAUGCAAGGCAUCAAUAUCACCCAGGCUUCUGUGAUGAUCUUCGCCGAGCUCAAUCAAUCCGAGCCGGAGGACAGACAGGUGGAGGGUCGCAUUGAUCGUAUCGGUCAGACGGAAGACUGCUACUCGUACAAGCUUGUCAUGGACGGAUCCUACGACAUGCGCAUCAAAGUCAACGCCAGAGCCAAGGGCCUUAACCUGCUGCCUUUUGGUGGAAGCGAUAGUUCGGCUGGCCUCGUCGAGAUCUGCCUGCUGCACGGACUGCUGCCCGGAUUGGCGGAAUGGGAAGCCAUCGCUGUAGAGGCCGGACACAAGCCGCUUCCGUCCGAGAUAUGGAACGCCUGCAACAAUCUGCUCCCUCGCAUUCCUACCCUGGCAGAAUUGGAGCUCCUGAGGGAAGCGGACCAAGGUGCAAAACAGCCGGACCUGGAUGCAGCGUCGAUGGACCAAGAUGGCGAGCAGGAACAGCUUGCACUGCAGUUGAUACUAGGGGACAGCGAAGCGCAUGGCCGUCCGGUCGAGGAGCGUAUGAACGACGAGACACGACAGGCUGCGCAGGCACGUCAAGACGUGCCCUUGGACGCCGCUGCGGUAGCACACACGAUGGAGGUUGGCUCCGGCGGCAAGCGCAGUCCGGCUGCGCAGGACAGCAGUACGAGAGACAGGGGAUAUGAGAAAAGGGCAGCGAACACAAAAGAAGAUGACAAGUCUCGAAGGUUGAGACGCAGACAGAUAGCAGAAGAUGCGGGCGUGAGGCUCCUGUGCCAUCUUGCUGAUCAGUGGCGUCUCAACUUGGAGGCUGUUGUCAAGGACGACGACCAGUCUGACUGA